AUGACAUUGACCACAGCCUUACUAGAAAUCCCUGAGGAACUGUUGAUCGAGAUUCUAAUCAGAUUGCCGGCGAAGUCUCUGAUGAGAUUCAAGUGCGUCUCAAAGAUCUGGCUCUCACUUAUCACAUCUCGGUACUUGACCAACCGGUUCCUCAAACCCUCACCACGAAGACGUUUUCUCACGUAUUGUAUGGGUAGCGAGACACAUGGCGAGUAUGCGUUGCUCACGUCAUCUAAUCAUGAUCACUCGGACACAUCUGUCUCUGUAGUCGACAAAGAUCUUGCCAUUCAGACAUUAGGGGGAGGCCGAUUGGUGAGCUCUGUUCGUGGCUUGUUGUGUUUCAAAAAUGGGAGAAGAGUGCGGAUUUGUAACCUCAACACAAGGCAGGUUGUGGAAUUGCCCACCAUAAAGGAAGAGAAUAAUUUUGAAAAGGUGUUGUUCUACUUUGGACACGAUCCUGUUAAUGAUGAAUACGAAGUGCUUACCACGGUUUGGGACGUGACCUACGAAGAAGAAAGAGUAAUGAGAUCCGAGCAUCAGGUGUUGGUUCUUGGAGCUGGAGCUUGGUGGAAAAAGGGUCAAUGCCACAUUCUUCAUCGCCCUUUUCAUUCUAGCUGUCAUGGGGUUAUCACCGUUAAUGGUGUUUUGUAUUAUAGAGCUUGGAAUGAUGCAAAUAAAUGUGUCGUUAUGAGUUUUAACUUGACUUCUGAAGAUUUGGAUGUUUGGGUUCUUGAAGAUGCCGGAAAGAGUCAAUGGUCGGACAGAAAGACUUUUGUUUUGCCUGAUUUUCAGAUGAAACCCCUCUUCUAUGGAGAUCGGUUAGUGAUAACUGGCACUAGUCGCAGUGGUGAGCUUUGGUUGUCAAAGUUGAAGAAUAGAGAUUCAUACUUGGAAGAGACAGGUUAG